AUGGAUACGUUUAAUUGGAAAAUGCGCUGGGCCUCUUGUAUCAUCUGGUUUCUGUAUGUGUCACUGUGUGAGUGCUCACCUCUGCCAGAACCAGAGCCUCAAAUGUACGGGGAGGUCCAAUCCCCUCUGUACCCUCAGCCUUACCCUCCCAACCUGCAGGAGCAGUGGGACCUCGUUGUCCCUGAGGGCUACCAGAUUCGACUCACCUUCACACAUUUGGAUAUUGAAGCUUCUGCGAACUGCUACUACGACUCACUUACAGUUUUCUACAAAGAGAAGGCCCUCUGGAAAUUUUGUGGCAGUGAGAAUUCUGCUGAUGGGCAUCACCCAGGCAACCAGCCCAUCUUGUCUCCAGGAAACAGUCUCACCCUCAUAUUUCAAUCAGACAGCAACAACCCGGAGGCCCACCAGAAUCUGGGCUUCUCUGCCCAGUACCAGGCGAUAGACAUAGAUGAAUGUUCUGCACCAGAGCCUGGAGAUGGCUCAGGGCCACUCUGCUCUCAGAUCUGCCUCAACACUCUUGGCUCAUAUCUCUGCUCCUGUCAUCAUGGCUAUGAACUUCGCUCUGAUCAGCGCACCUGUGUGUUAUCCUGUGGCGGUGGUAUAUUUGAUGAACCAGAGGGGCAUCUGUUCAGUCCGGGAUACCCUAAUCACCCACCUCAUGCUGUGUCCUGUCAGUAUAUCAUUUCUGUACAAGAGGGCUUCACUAUUACUCUAAACUUUACUGACAACUUCGACAUUGAGAGCAUGGACAGCCCAAAGGGCCUGCAAUGUCUCCAUCACUGGUUGGAGUUGACUGUCAGAGACGAACAGCCCACAAAGCUAUGUGGCAGAACAAGCCCAGGACUGAUAGUCACAAACUCAAACAUGGUCAAGCUGGAAUACCACAUUGAUGAUGAAGGACAGAGCAAUGGCUGGAGCCUCGACUACAGCACACACAGGGUGAAGUGUCCAUCACCUGGAAGUGUAGCUAAAGGCAGGGUCACUCCUAAUUUGAGUCAAUAUCUCUUCAGAGAUUACAUCUAUGUACGCUGCGAUCAAGGAUACAAGCUGAUGAUGAAUGGUCGGGAGAUUGAGAGUUUCUCUACCAUUUGCCAAAGCAACGGGCAGUGGCACCGUCCUCUGCCAGAAUGCCACAUAAUUGAUUGCGGAGAACCUGACCCCUUGCUGAACGGAGGCGUGGCCUUCCUUUCUGGGUUUCAGAAUCAGUAUCUUUCUGUUAUUCAGUAUCGCUGCAAUGAACCAUUUUACUCUCUCCUUGGGGAUGCAAACGUUAACUUCACAUGUGACGCAGACAGGAAAUGGAGAUCAACCCAUGAAGUUAUUGACAGUCCACUUUGUUUACCAGUUUGUGGUCAGCCAACAAAUCACAUCAAUGUGUAUCAGAGGAUCUUUGGAGGCCAGGACGCUCCAGAUAAUACAAUCCCCUGGCAAGUGCUACUUAGUGUAAGUGGAAAAAGGGGAGGAGGCAUGGUGAUUGGAGAACGCUGGGUUAUGACAGCAGCUCAUAAUGUAGUAGAGCAGGGAGCGGUGGUAGCAAAUGAAACUCUACGGAUUUUCAUGGGACUUAAUGAGGUAAAAGCCCUUGAGAAAUCUCCUCUGUCGGCUGCCUCAAUCCAUGUUCACCCUGAGUACAACAACCCCAACUAUGUAGACUACAACAAUGACAUUGCACUGAUCAAACUGGGAGACACACUCACAUUCAACUCAUCUGUAAUGCCAGUGUGUUUGCCAGAACCGGGAGCCACAUAUGACACUGGCGUGAUGGGGCUGGUGUCUGGCUUUGGUCUUACAAACGAGAAUAAUCGUCGCAUUCUAACAAAUCAACUGAAGUAUGUUUAUCUCCCAGUGGUGGACCAGCAGACCUGCAGGGAUUCAGUCACUUUUGCAAGGAGAAGAAGUAACAACAUACCAGACUUAACAAAUAACAUGUUUUGUGCUGGACUCCCUGAAGGUGGGAAGGACUCAUGCCAGGGUGACAGUGGAAGCCCCUUCACUCUGACUAAAGAUGGGCGACACUGGGCUGCUGGGAUUGUCAGCUGGGGGGUUGAGUGUGGAAGAAAGGGCACAUAUGGAGUCUAUACCAGAGUCGCUAAUUACCUGAACUGGAUCAAGAAGACCAUGCAGGAGAACUAAAGUUACAGUAAUUCAGUACAACAAGGUGUAAAUACACGAUGAGAAAAAAAAUUGCAUAAUAAACAAAUUUUUCUCUGCUGUGGAGUUUGAUUUGAGAAUUUUAAUCUAUAUUUCAUUUAAAAAAAACUUAUAUAAAUUCAGUUAUUGAUUUACUGUCUG